AUGACCAACCAGAGCUGCCAGAACCAAUUCAUCCUGUUGGGGUUCUCCGACCGUCCCUGGCUCGAGCACAUUCUCUUUGGGUUCGUCCUCAUCUUCUACCUGGUGACGCUGGUGGGCAACAUCAUCAUCAUCCUGGUCUCCAGGUUGGACCCCAGUCUCCACACGCCCAUGUACUUCUUCCUCACCAAUCUGUCCUUGCUCGACCUCUGCUUCACCACCAGCUCCAUCCCUCAACUCCUCUUCAACUUAGGGGGCCCCGACAAGACCAUCAGCUCUACCGGCUGUGCCAUCCAACUCUUCAUGUUCCUGGGCUUGGGUGGCACCGAAUGUCUCCUCCUGGCCGUCAUGGCAUAUGACCGCUUCACUGCCAUCUGCAAGCCCCUCCACUACUCGGUCAUCAUGCACCCUCAGCUCUGUUGGCAGUUGGUGUCGGUGGCCUGGGGCAUGGGCCUGCUCAACUCCCUGGUCAUGUCACCUGUGACCAUGAUGCUACCGCGCUGCGGGAGAUGCAGGGUGAAGCAUUUUCUUUGCGAGAUGCCUGCUCUCAUCAAGAUCGCCUGCGUGGACACGGCUGCCGUGGAAGGUACCGUGUUCAUCCUGUCAGUGAUCAUUGUCCUGGUGCCCCUGUCCCUCAUCCUCGUCUCUUACAGCUACAUUGCCCAGGCCGUGUUGAAGAUCAAGUCGGCCGCAGGACGCAAGAAGGCAUUCAACACCUGCGGGUCCCACCUCACAGUGGUUGCCUUGUUUUAUGGGAAUAUCAUCUAUAUGUACAUGCAGCCUGGAAACAACUCUUCGCAGGACCAGGGGAAGUUCCUGACCCUCUUCUAUAACUUGGUCACCCCCAUGUUGAACCCUCUUAUCUACACUUUGCGGAACAAGGAUGUCAAGGAAGCGAUGAAGAAGUUGGGGCCUAGAAAGUAG